AUGAAUAGGUGGACAGCUCUAACUCUCUUCGGAGUUUUGAUGAUUUGUCUUGCCACCAUACCAGGGAGUCAGACAUCUUCAUUAGGAAGUCAGGGAUCCAGAAGUGGCGUCUCCGAGGCGGCGUUAGAGGCUGCAUCGGCAGUAGAAUUCGAGGCUAUGUUGCAAGACUACCUCGAACAGAUGCGAGAACUGAAGGAGUUGAUUCAGCGUUACCUUGCCUCCGCCCCAUAUGGUCUUAGCAAACGUGCACAAUUCCUUCGACUUGGACGCAAGUGA